AUGCCAGUCACGGGGAAGCUUAGCGACAACAAGUCGCGUAAGGUGACGCCGCCGUCGCCUUCCUAUAUGUCCAACGAUCAGUUUGCGAGCUAUCUUGCAGAGCUCCGUUCCAACCGCGUUGCCCGACCCGGCGGUGCAAGACCCCAACCAGCCGGAGCACGUCCAGCCCCCAGCCGCACAAGCACCCACCGAUCGAGCAUGCACCGAUCGAGCAACGGCCGUUUCAGCCCCGAUGCCGUCUCGCAGGCCGACAGCCUGAACAGCCAAGUCCCCAGCGUAGCUGCUGGCAGCAUGACCUCUCGCUAUUCCACCACCAGUAGGCGAGCCCGUGACUCCCUUCCGGCAUCGGCGUCUACGCCGCUGAAGCCUGGAGAAGUGGUUCCAUCUGCCACCUACAUUGAGCGAGGACAACGCUGGAUGGAAAAGGAGGAGGUCAGCUCCCUGCGUGAUGCUAUGGACGAAAUGGACUUGAGGAAGAGCACCAAGGGAACACCAACUCCCCAAGACAACCCCGACGACGAGACCCGCAUAUACACGGCUGCGCUGGACGAAGCCGCUGAGCUCGUCUGGAAGCAUCAACAUGGCAAAACCUCCCCACCACCUGACGCCCCAUAUCGAUACCGACCACCACACCUUAAAAAGAACAGUUAUGCACUUGCUCGCACCGCCAGUGUCGGGGGUGGAUCAGUCGGGAAACAAGGCACCCGCUCUUUCUCAGGCAGUUCUACAGAUAGUGAGGGCCGUCCCUCGUUAGAUCAAAGCCAGUCAGGGGAACAGUCAAGCCGCAAAACCAAGACCUACGGCAGUGUCGGGAGCCGCUCUGGUCAAUUCUCCGAGCAACGCCGUCAUGGCAGUCUAAAGCGGAACAUCAGCGGAGAGGUUGAGCGACCCUUCUCUGGGGAUCAAAUCUGGGAGGAACCUGAGUCAUCUCCGAAAAAGGGGGUCGUCUCAUCUGGUCGUGCGUCGCCUGAGAAGCUGAGCAGCCGGCCCCAGAAUCCCACGAACCGCGUUCGCUUUGAGCCUGUGGAGGAGGAGGAGUCUGUCAAAAACAAGCGCCUCGAGCGAGUCGAGAUCUACCGCAACCCCCCUACUCGGUCCCGCAACGCCCAGUAUACAACCAAUUCUGUGCCUCGGACGCCUGCUCCGGUGGACGAUACCGUGGAGACAAAGGAUGGAAAAGAGAUUCGCAGCGAGGACAUUCGCGCCGCAACCAGCAUGCGGUUGAAGGAUCGCAGCCCAAACCUCCCGGAGCCUACCGCCGUCAGUGACAGUCCGGGACGGCCCAUUGUAAGCUUCGAUGCUAGUUGGAAAGCCCCGGACGAGUCAACUGAUAUCACCCCAGACCGGUCAAUCCCGGCCGCCUCCCGCUCCUCCUUCCAACCGAAGGCCAAACCCAUGGAGAUACCUAGUAUCGUUGUGGCAGAGGAGAGUACGCCGAUGUCGUCAAGUGCGAACAUCCCAUCAAUCUCAGUAGCCGGUCCCGACGAUGGGCCAAGAGGCUCGAUACCUUCGAUCAACAUCCCAUCGAUCAACAUUCCCACCAUCGCCGUGGAUGAAGCGCCCGGUGGUUCUAGUGUCCCAGCCAUUGUGACGCCAGGCGACAAGCCAUCUUCCGGCGCCCGUCCACUUCCUACCCCUCGGGCUACUGGCCCUCCUCGACGGGCUCAACGUCCAAGAGGUCAUUGGUCUCCCGCCCCUGGGGGCACGGCGCGCGUCAACGCCAUCUGCCAUGAGUGCGACUACCCUAUCGAAGGGAGAUUCGUAGCUCUGGCCGGUGGCUCCGAGCGAUUCCACCCUCAGUGCUUCAGCUGUUACUCGUGUGGCACGGGCCUGGAGGCAAUGGAGAUCAGCCCGGAGCCACUCAAGAUGCGCCACGAGCGACUCGAGCGCAUUCGCCGUCGCACUGCUGGCGAGGUUCUCGAUGAGAUACCUGGAAUGACCAUGGCUGAAGAUGGCGAUGAGCGCCUCCGUUUCUUUUGCCAUCUUGACUGGCACGAGUUGUUUGCGCCCCGUUGCAAGCACUGCCAUACGCCCAUCCUAGGUGAGCAUAUCGUAGCUCUCGGAGAGCACUGGCACUAUGGCCACUUCUUCUGCGCCGAAUGCGGCGACCCAUUUGAACACGGCAUGACGCACAUUGAGAAAGACGGCUAUGCCUGGUGUAUUAAUUGUCAGACCAGGCGCACCGAACGGCGGGCGCCCAAGUGUAAGAAAUGUAAGACGGCCGUCAUCGGGCAGUACAUCCAGGCACUAGGUGGUGAGUGGCACGAAGCCUGCUUCCGCUGCGCCGAGUGCCAGGGCGGUUUCGAUGACGGCCAAAUCUUCCCCAAGGAAGUUGACGGCAUGUUUGUGGUGCUGUGCACCGGUUGCCGAUCGAUGGAACUCAAGGCGUGA